CUGAGUCUUUGUGGUUGACUAGGUUUUCCAUCAAUCCGUGCCUGCCAUCUGGUAUCCAAAAUGGAGCGUACGACUGCCAUAUCAAACAAGUUCCGAGCAGCGGCUGGGCUCCUGGUUGCUGUUCUUUUCAUGUCGUCGCCGAGCGGAGUACGGGGACGUGCAGCAGCAAGAAAUAAAAUAACACCGAAUUGCAUGGCAAGCGACAACAUUACCGCUUGUGUAUGUAAGGAAUCAGAAACGGCAAGCCUACGAAAGGACGGGCAGAGUGACAGCGCAACUCUCUCCGAGUCCAUCAAUAGUGUCACCAUACAAUGUCCCACCACUGGUGAUUUCAAAUUUGUACCCUCGACAGUAACUGAUGUGUGCACAGCAGAGGAAACAAACAUGACUCUGAAGACGUGUGAAGGGGACAACAAUAACAAAAAGACAUCUCCUAUUACAGCUUUUCUGGUCGACGUUGAUGGAAGCAACGCACCGGAAUGGACUGUCGCAACCCCCGAGUCAAAGACACACUCUCUGACACUCCCGGCAGAAAACUUCCCUCGCGUAGACAAAAAAUUCUUCGCAGGCUGCUUGAAAACGAGUUCAAGUCGUCAGAGAAACGCCGAUGUCGAGUGUUUGGUGAAAGUUGACGUCAAAGCGAGGACCUCUGCAGUGAGGGACGGCGUCCUCAUUUGCGCGUACGGAGACAAAAGCAACACAUCUGUUCCUGAAGUGACGCUGAACGCAGAGAACAAUUCCCUGACUAUCCAGUGUGGUGAGGAGGGAGAGAUGCAGCCCGACCCAAAAUCUCUGACAGCUUACCACUGCACGGACACCAACAUAGAGAACUGCAAGACCGUCGUGAACCUCACUGAGGUCAUGCCCAGUUUCGCAAAGAGCUGGUGGACAGAGGAUGACAAGAACGGGAAGGCACCUAAACUGGUGAUUCCUGAAGGUGGCUUCCCUGCUCAGGAAGAAACGAUCGUGCUGGGUUGCAACGUAAGAAGCAAGGUUUCUUCGAAGGGGCAGAAAGAGCAAGCGAACACAACCGCGACGUUGCCAACAUGCAGAGUGAAGGUGACACUCACUGCUCAGCCCGCAGCCUCACACGCCCCGACGCCUUCGUGCCUCGGAUUGAUUGCGGUGGUUUUCACUCCCUUUGUUUCUUUCGGUGCAUACUGA